AUCCCUUUAUUCUAUGUGGUCAGUUGAGCAGUCAACACCGUUCGGUUUCCAAAAUUUUAAUUUAAUAAAAAAAAAAUUAUAAAAUAAUAUUUAGUGCAAAAUUUAUCGGCUCAAAAUUCUUUAAUCAUGGAUCUUACGAAGGUCGAGAGGCAGGCGCCAGCCGAUGAUCGAAACACGGUGGCUCCAAACUAUUUGAAGAUCCUGCUCCAGGAUAUGAUUUGCUUCUUCGUCCUGCUCUCAUUGGCCCUACUGAUCGUGGCGGGCAUCCUGUACGUGGCAGACGAUGUCACUCGGCUCCAGUACGGUCCGAGGGAACCCAUCAACACAUCGCGGAUAAUGUCAAUUGAAGAGAGGCACAGGCACAUGCAUCGCCUCUUACGACCGGACGCAUGGUUCCGGCUCUUUAGUUGCCAAAAGCAGCAGGAUGCGAGAAUGUUGCAGCUCCAUGAACAGAGACAGGAACAGGAAAAGGUACUAGGCGAGGGAGAGGGACUGGAACUGGGCCAACCUAUGAAGGAGAAGGAACUCCACGAGCAUCAGCCAUUCGGACCUAAUUUCGUCCCUACAUAUGGACCCAUCGAACAUCCCGUGAAUAACCGAAUGCAGGCUGGCGGAGACCAUGUCGUUCCAGAUCCUGUUGGCAAUCAAGUGGACUCCGAACCAAAGCCAUCUUUUGAAUUUUUAUAAUUGUUCUACUUGGGGUUUCCUCUUCCCGCCGGACUUAUCACUGACCUGUAGGGCAAGUUCCACCUUAGGAUUAUCACUUAUUUGGAUUUAGCUCAAAUACUUUCAUCUGCCUGCCUGUCACCUAUGUCGACCACUAGAAAAAUGCAAUAAAUUACUAAUUUAAGUAA